UAUACUCUUUUAUGAUCCAGCCAGUUUGAAACCCUUCAAUUCCAUCUCCCUCUGUCUUGGGUUUGUCUUCAAACCUGAAAUUUUGAAGUUUCCCAGAAUCUAAUGGUUUUUGGUCAACCUACCUUUCCCUGCUCCCAACUUCCUUUACUUGUAUAGCUAUAUGUGGAAGAAAGAGAGAAACAGGGAGUGACGAACAACUUGUUGAUGGGUUUCGGAAUAGGGCAGCGAGGGACAAGAACAGCAACGACCCGUGACGGAGUUGGAGUCUCUGGUGUUGUUCCAUCCCCCAACAAGAAAAGAUGGUCGAAUCUGAUGCCCUUCUUUGUAGCCUUCGUCGUUAUCGCCGAGGUCGCCUUCUUGGGUCGCCUCGACAUGGCUGAGAAAGCUGCUAUGGUCUACAAUUGGACCGACUCCUUCUAUUCAUCUUCUUCAACUGUGUCUACCGUUUCUUAUUCGCCUGCUCGUGGGACUGCCUUAGAGUUGCCAACACAGGAAGAAGCUUCCACUUCUUCAACACACGAUUGGACUGAGAAUUGCGAGGAGUGGUUGGAGAGAGAGGAUGCUGUGACCUAUUCUAGAGACUUUCGGACUGAGCCUAUUUGGGUUUCUGGUGCGGAGCAGGAGUGGAAGACUUGCGCUGUGGGAUGUAGGUUUGGAUUUGAUCAUCAGUCAGGAAAGAAGCCCGAUGCUACAUUUGGUUUGGCUCAAGAGGCAAGGAUAGCUAGCGUUAUUCGGUCCAUGGAAUCCUCUCAUUAUUAUGCAGAGAACAGCAUUGAUCAGGCACGACGGAGAGGGUAUAAUGUUGUGAUGACAACUAGUCUCUCGUCAGAUGUUCCUGUUGGUUAUUUCUCGUGGGCUGAGUAUGACAUCAUGGCACCUGUGCAACCGAAGACUGAGAAAGCCCUUGCAGCUGCCUUCAUUUCCAAUUGUGCGGCUCGCAAUUUCCGUCUGCAGGCCCUUGAGGGUUUAGAAAAAUCAAAUAUCAAGAUAGACUCUUAUGGUGGCUGUCAUAGGAAUCGUGACGGAAGAGUGAACAAAGUGGAGACUCUGAAGCGUUACAAGUUUAGCUUAGCUUUUGAAAAUUCUGGGGAGGAGGAUUAUGUCACUGAGAAAUUCUUCCAAUCUCUGGUUGCUGGUUCUGUCCCUGUAGUUGUUGGUGCACCAAAUAUCCAAGAAUUUGCACCAUCUCCUGGUUCGGUUUUGCAUAUUAAGGAGCUAAAUGAUGUUCCUUCAGUUGCCAAGACGAUGAAGUACCUUGCAGAAAAUGAUGAUGCAUAUAAUCAAUCCCUAAGGUGGAAGUAUGAGGGCCCAUCUGAUUCUUUCAAGGCUCUUGUGGAUAUGGCUGCAGUCCACUCCUCCUGCCGCCUGUGCAUUCACCUUGCAACAAAGAUCUGGAAGAGUGAAGAAAAGAACCAGAAACGUCCCUGCAAGUGCAUCAGAGAGACAGAAACUGUCUAUCAUAUAUAUGUUCGAGAAAGAGGGAGGUUUGAGAUGGAUUCCAUUUUCAUGAGGUCCAGCAAUUUGACCUUGGUAGCCUUGGAGUCUGCUGUUCUCACUAAAUUCAAGUCUGUGAAUCACAUACCAAUUUGGAAAGAGGAAAGACCUGAGAGCAUCAGAGGAGGGGAUGAACUUAAAAUCUACAGAUUAUAUCCAGUUGGCUUGACACAGAGGCAAGCAUUAUACACUUUCAGAUUCAACGGGGAUGCUGAUCUGAAAAAUUAUGUUGAAAACAAUUUAUGUGCAAAAUUUGAAGUCAUUUUUGUCUAAGAGAAGAGGGAGAGGAGGGGUGAUUGCCCUCUUUUUUGGGCUUCAAGCUACUGAAUUGGCGGUGGUUUUUUAAGACUUUUUACAGUUUUUUUUUCCUUCUUGGUGGGGGGUGGGGGGGGGGGAGAAGAUUUAACAGGUAGUAGAAUGAUCUGAGAUGGAAUACAUC